CCAUCAAAGCAGCAAUCUAAAACCAGAAGUGAAAAUGGAGAAGAAGCAACAACAAGAUGUGGAUAAGAAGGCGGAUGAUAAUAUGGACGAGAAGAAGGCAAGCUUGGAAGGGCUGCCAAUAGACGAUAGCCCUUACGUGAAGUAUGGGGACUUGGAAGAUUACAAGCGUCGAGGAUAUGGAACUGAAGGCCACCAACAACCGAACCCGGGACGUGGUGCUGCAAGCUCCACCGACGCCCCCACUCUUUCUGGUGCCGCUCUCUCCUCUGAGCGACCUUUUGAUGCUACGGAUACCAUUAAUCGUCAAGGGGUACCCUGAAUUGAUACAGUAGAUGUUGGGUUCAAUUAAGAAAAAAAGCUAUGUAAAUUUAAAUAAUUUUGUUUGUUUUGGGUUCAAUCAAAUAAAUUUAGAAAUGUCGAUUAGGUAUUUCGUGAAUCAAAUAAAAUUUAGUAGUAAUAGACUUUUAUAA